AUGUCUCUUAACAAGCAAGAAAACUUGUCAGUCAUCCUUAACAAGCCUCUGGAUAUUGUCUUGGAGAACCGCCCUAUUCCCACUCUUGGUAAAGGUGAUGUUCUUGUCAAUGUCAAAGCCACUGGUAUUUGUGGAUCCGAUGUUCACUACUGGCAACAUGGUGCAAUCGGCUCUUUCAAGGUCGAGAAACCCAUGGUCCUUGGCCAUGAGUCCGCAGGUAUAAUUGCCGCCGUAGGUGAGGGUGUCAAGAACGUCAAGGUUGGUGACCGCGUUACUCUUGAGCCCGGAGCUGGAUGUAGAAUGUGCGACUAUUGCAAAACUGGUCGCUAUAACCUCUGUCCUGAUAUGGUCUUUGCGGCCACUCCUCCUUAUGAUGGUACCCUCUGCAACUACUACCGUCACCCUGCCGAUUUUUGCUACAAGCUACCUGAAAACGUUUCAAUUGAAGAGGGUGCUUUAAUUGAGCCUUUGUCGGUCGGAAUCCACGCUGCUAGACGUGGUAACAUUCAAUCCGGUCAUCGUGUAUUCAUCUUUGGUGCUGGUCCCGUUGGUCUUUUGUGUGCAGCAGCAGCAAAAGCCGCUGGUGCAGGUCACGUCACUAUUGCAGACCUUGUCCCUUCAAGACUUGCUUUUGCAAAGACCUACUACACUGAUUCUCAGGUACUUCUCGAGAGAUCAACCCCUGGUGAGCCCAACAUUGAGUUCUCCCGUCGCAUGGCCCAGGCCAUCUUAAAGACUGAGGAGCCCGCUGAUGUGGUUAUUGACUGCAGUGGUGCAGAGACAUGUGUCCAGAUGUCCAUUUUGCUGGCUAAGAAUGGCGGUUGUGUCAUUUUGGUUGGCAUGGGUGCUUCUGUUCAAUCUAUCCCUAUUUCUGAAGUUUCCUCCAGAGAAGUUGACAUCAGAGGUAUCUUCAGAUACUCCAACACAUACCCCACUGCAGUUAGAAUGAUUUCUUCUGGAAUUGUCAAUGUCAAGCCAUUGAUCACACACUCCUACCCGCUCAAAGAUGCUGUCAAGGCAUUCCAGCACGUAAAGGAGGGCCGUGACGGAGCCAUAAAGGUUCAGAUCAUUGGUUAA